AGAGGUUCGGGGGGCUGCCUUAAUCCACAUCCAUGUCUUGCGUCACCCAGGGAACAGUGGGUUAACUGCCUUGUUCAGGGGAAGUACGACAGAUUUUUACCUUGUUAGCUCUGUGAUUCGAUCCAGAGGGGUUAUUUACCGGUAUAUUUGAUCUCUGGGUUAUGUUGUUGGCAUGUUAUGACAUGUUACACUUUGAGUGUUGGACUACUGAGUUGUUAUGCCAUUUUCUCCCCCACAUCACUCCGGACCAACCUGAAUGGAAUUGUGGAUGUGCUGUAUAUGACCUGUCAUGGGUGAAUCGCCAUGACGACAGAACCAAAUUCAGAGUCUAGCGCGGACCAGCAGGAGGCCAGUGCGGCUCCGCCACUGGAGGCGGACUCUUUUCCCCCGGCUGCCGCCCACAGCACGCCUGUCAGGAAAGAGCAGAACGGCGACGAGAGAGCGGAGGGAGGCGUGGUCCCACAGGGGAAUCAGCUGGAGCCAUCGCAGGCGGAGGAGGACAGGACCUCGUACAGGUCGUCCACCAGUAAGCUGUCCAGGUCUCCCGGUGGAGGACGGAGUGUCCGCAGCUCCAGGAACAUGCAGUGCAAGGUCACCCUGCUUGAUGGCUCCGCCUACACCUGCAUGGUGGAGAAACGGGAGAGAGGCCAUGUGUUAUUUGACAAAGUGUGUGAGCAGCUCAACCUCCUGGAAAAGGACUACUUUGGCAUCACAUUCCGGGACAUCGAAAACCAAAAGAACUGGUUAGACCAAUCCAAGGAGAUGAAGAAACAGAUCAGAGGAGCCGCCUGGAAUUUUUCAUUCAAUGUGAAGUUCUACCCUCCAGACCCUGCACAGCUGUCUGAGGAUAUUACAAGAUAUUACCUGUGCCUCCAGUUGAGGGAUGACGUGGUGUCUGGGCGUCUGCCAUGCUCUUUCGCCACCCACACGGUGCUGGGAUCCUACACGGUUCAAUCAGAGUUGGGGGACUACGAUCUCGAGGAGUCUGGGACGGACUACGUCAGCGAGUUCCGCUUCGCCCCCAACCAGACCAAGGAGCUGGAGGAGAAGGUCAUGGACCUGCACAAGAACCACAAAGGAAUGACGCCAGCUGACGCUGAGAUGCACUUCCUGGAAAACGUGAAGAAACUGUCCAUGUACGGAGUUGACCUGCACCAUGCCAAGUUGGUAGGAAGCCUGUUUGAGUGCUUGUCUCCAGCUAAGGGUGAGGAUUCUGAGGGUGUUGAGAUCAUGUUGGGCGUGUGCUCUAGCGGUCUUCUGAUCUACCGUGACCGCCUGCGCAUCAACAGGUUCGCCUGGCCCAAGGUCCUCAAGAUUUCCUAUAAAAGGAAUAAUUUCUACAUCAAAAUACGCCCCGGAGAGUUUGAGCAGUUUGAAAGCACCAUCGGGUUCAAGCUCCCCAACCAUCGGGCGGCCAAACGACUAUGGAAAGUCUGCGUGGAGCACCACACCUUUUUCAGGUUGGUGUCUCCAGAAACUCCCCCCAAGAAGUUCCUAAACCUGGGUUCUAAGUUCCGCUACAGUGGGAGAACCCAGGCCCAGACGCGACGAGCCAGCUCCCAGAUCGUCCGUCCGGCGCCCCGCUUCGAGCGCUCCACCAGCAAGCGCUACAUCAUGUCGCGCAGCCUGGACGGAGAGAUGGGCUCGGACCUAUACGGAAGGGCAAAGGGCAUCGCCAUGAGCGACCUCAUCACCACCGUGACACCGGAGAAAAGGGUGGAGGAGAGGAAGGCAGAGGAAGAGGUGGAAGUAAAGGUGGAGGUGGAGGUGGAGGUGGAGGUGGAAGUAGAGGUGGAAGUAGAGGUGGAGGUGGAGGAGGUGGAGGAGGAUGAGACCACGAAAGCCACCGAGAUCUCUCUACCAAGUCCAACCUCUCCCAUUCGACACGACACCAAGACUGAACUGACUGACGCUGGUGUUGAUGGUGAACUGACAGCCACGGAGUCGGACCAGGAAGAUGAGUCCGAGUUAAAGACACAGGACACAGUGGGCACGCCGGAGGAGCUGUUGAAACACACGACCAACAUUAGUGAGCUCAGGAGAUCGUUCCUGGAGACGGGCGCCGACUCGGCUGGCCUUACCGAAUGGGAGAAGAGGCUGUCAUCGUCCCCCCUGCGCUCGCCGCGCCUCGACGAGGCCCCCAUGAUCGAACCCCUGGAACUCGACGAGGUACCGAGCCAAGAGGAUGAGGGAGAGGAUGAGAGAGAGAGAGCCAUGGCUGCAGGCGGUAGCGUUGAGGAGGACAUUACGCACAGCCCUGUGGAUACUAAGACUACUGUGGACUCUGACGGGUGGGUAAUAGUAAGCAAAGUCCCUCCUAAGGUAGCCGAAAAGAGAAACAUUGUCAACUAUAAAGUUAUGGCCGUCGAUAACACUGUGGCUGAAGGAGCGCUCGGUGGCGCCAGAGGUGUCGUUGUCAUCAAGGAGUUUGGCAAACCAUACGAGAGCUUCAGCAGUGAUCUAACGUCCAAGGCCGAGGAGAUGGAGGAGAAGACCUACACCCUGGGCAAAUCCUACGACACCAUGUCAGGCAAGAUCGUCACCAUGACGACGCAGGCCAAAGAUGGCGGGGAGGCGGCGGUAGCCGUUCCUGCGGUGUUCGCCAGGGAGCUGAAGAGGGCAGCAGACCAAUCCACCACCACUGUGAAAAUCAUCCCGGUGUCGACUGAGUAUGAGAUGCCAGUGUCGGUCCACUUGAGUCUCCCGCCCAUAGAGGGAAUCGGACCCCCAAUGAUCACCAUCCAGGAGGCAAGGACCCCCUCUCCAUCUGAGGGAAUGGGACCCUCCAUGAUCACCAUCCAGGAGGCAAGGACCCCCUCUCCAUCCGAGGGAAUGGGACCCUCCAUGAUCACCAUCCAGGAGGCCAGGACCCCCUCUCCAUCCGAGCCCAGCGACGGUGGCCUGGGCGCCAUGCGGACCGUAGUGUCCAUCCGAUCCAGCCAGGACAUCACUGAUGCUGCGAGAGCUGACAGCAGGAAGCAGCUACGGGAGACUUUUCUUCUGGGAGACAGGAGCACCACCCCUGUUGCGCCUCACACACCCCUCUCUCCACGGUCCCCAAUGGCCAAGUCCCCAAUGGCCAAGUCCCCAAUGAAGAUGCCCAAGCCUCAAAUGGUCGAUCUGCGUCUGAGCCCCAGCCCUGUGUCCUAUCUUUCCAGAACCCCAUCGCCCUCCAAAGUGCCAAAGCCGACCUUUGAGGAGAUGUCCCCGGAGCUCACCGCUCUCUUACAGUCGGCCAGAGAUCAGACCAGCACGCGGGUCUGGACUGCUUCGCCUGCCUUUAGUCAGACCGUGUUUAAGACAACAGAGAAGGUGGAGCGGAUCGUGCUGCAGACAGAGGUGGUAUCUUCCCAACAAGAAAAGGACCAGGACCAGCCUGAGUUGAAGUUGGCACAGCCAGAACAGUCUGACCACCAGCCUGACAACAUGGAGAACCAGGCAGAGCAUCAGACUGAGCAGGUAGAGACAGACUCACUGGAAGGGAUAGAGGACGAUAGGCCUCAGUCCGUGUUGGGGUUUACAGGGCUGAGCAUGCAUGAUGACCACUCUGACGACUCAGACACACCAAGCGACACUAGUGACGCCACUAGCGUCGCCUCGGCGGGGCCGGCCCUGACUGCCGCAGCCAAGGCCACCGUGGACAAGGCUAUAGGGGCGGCGGUGAAGCAGGCGGAGGCCGAGGAGAAAACUCCAGCCCCAGGCUUGGGUGGAAGCCUAGGCCUUGGGCUGGACAGUCAGUCAGAGGGAGAGGAGUCAGCAGGGUCAGUCUCAGAGGAGGAAGCGGAGAAGGAGAACAGCCAAGACUGGAGAGGGUGCUUCGUGCCCCCCUCCCCCGUGCACACCUCUCCUAUUGGAGCGUCCUGGCAGAGUCUCAGUGGGGAGGUAGCUGCUGCAAGGGCUCACUCGGAGUUGUUUGUGCUGGAGGCUCCAGAGGUCCUGACCUUCAACAGGGCAGACGUGGUCGAUGUGACCCAGCAGGUCCCUGUAAUACACACAGAAAUGAAAACUGUCACAUACCAGUCACUAGAGGCUGACGCUGAUCCCGAGGCGGGGGUGUUGAUGAGCGCCCAGACCAUCACCUCAGACACCACCAGCACCACCACAACCACACAUAUCACCAAGACUGUGAAAGGAGGCAUCUCGGAAACCAGGAUCGAGAAGAGAAUCGUAAUCUCGGGUGAUGCAGACAUUGACCAUGACGAGGCCUUGGCUCAGGCCAUAAAGGAGGCCAAAAAGCAGCACCCUGACAUGUCAGUGACCAAAGUAGUGGUCCACAAAGAGACUGAGAUCACGCCUGAGGAGGGCGAAGAGUGACCGCAGGUGUGACGGGUCACCGGGUUCACCAACGUUUCGGGAGCAUUCUGUUAACGUUACUUCACGCUGUUCAGAGUACGGGACGCAAGCAGGAUAGUGGCGUUGCCAACAGACAGCACCCCACUGUAGCAGACACUAAUACUGCAUCCAACCACUACUGAACUAACCUCAUCCACCCACACAUCCUUCACUCACUCACCAUCACUACUGGCAAACACAGACCUCUGAAGCUACCUUCAUAGGAGCAUGUAUACUGCAUGAAAAGGGAACAAUUCUGCAUUUUUGUAAAAGAAAAAAUAACAAUAUAUCAAAAGUUCUACAUGUUUUACUUGACCUGUAAACUCAGACUCAAAGGUUUAAGAAUGUAUGUGAUGAGAGUUAAGAUAGUAUAGAUCAUUAUGUUGUAUUUAUUAUCAAACUGCUCACUUAGAAACAUGUAUAAUAGUAGGCUAUGAUGGCACAAUAUUUAUCCACGCAUUAGAUGUGGCAUUCAUCUUGUCAGAAGUCCCCUUAUUUAUCCCAAAUGCUGAUUUUAUCCAAUUUUACAAAGAGUAUUCCCUUUAAAAAGACAACAAUAAUAUCUAUGGUACUGUGGUACAUGCAUUUGCUUAGUAGGUCAUUCAUGCUCAAAGAUGAUUUUGUUGUUUUUACUUGUAAAUAUGCUUAUUUGGUUUUCAUUAAUUACAAGGUGAGGAUGAGGAUGAUGAGGCAAAAUAUUGUAGAAGCGUUAGUUAGCAGGAAAAGUUCAACAGACUCCAUUACUGUGACCUCUGAGGUGAUUAAGAAACCCCUUAUUAUACAGUAUGUGUGUUCACACUAUGGAUUAUACUUUCUUGUUGGCUUGUAUCUGAAAUUAUACCCUAUUCCAUAUGGGCUCUGGUCAAAAGUAGUGUACUAUAUAGGGAAUAUGAUGCAAUUUUAGAUACAUAAUUGUUUAGACACAUUCUUAAAGGAAAACUCCACCCAAAAACAAUAUUUUGGUAUUUGUUUUAUUAGUCCAUUGUUGACAUAGUCCCAAAAUGUUUU